AUGUCUGGAUUCAACAGUUCAGGGGUUCUCUCAAUCUCCCCCAGUCGAAUACUCUUGCCAAUCCUCUUGGUUCUCAUGUGGUAUUUAGGCCGUUUGCACUCUCAAUAUGAACCCGCUAUUACGUCCACAUUCUCCUCCAGGUUCGAAGAAGCACGGAAAAUGGUUCCCAAUGUGAAGCUGUACUGGCCAAUGCCACCUGCUAAAGACCCUCGCGCGGCUUAUAACUCGUCAAAGCUUGCUCUUCUCAUCGAAGCUAGGCCUAUGCCUCACCUAUCUCCGCUGAUACUACACAUGACAACGGUGGUACCGCCUGACUGGCGAUUUCUCUUUAUCGGCUCGCGUGAGAGCAUUCACAGCGUCAGUCAAGCCUACUCGAUCAAGCACCAACAGGUCAUUGGAAAACUGGACUUGAUGGAGCUUCCUCCUCCAUGGAGCGUUGCCAAUAAAGAGGACGUGUUUAGGCUGCUUACCGAUUCGAGAUUUUAUGAUGAAUUCUUGCCAGGAGUAGAGUGGAUCUUGAAAUAUGAGCAUGACAGCAUUCUAUGCGCAAACUCAGAGACAAGCUUGGAUGACUGGCUUGGCUGGGAUUGGGCAGGUGCUUCGCGAAAUGAUGACGACCGUUUCUCCGGCAAUGGUGGCCUCUCUCUCCGUCGAGUGUCAGUGAUUAAACGGAUCCUCAGCUUUCAAGCACGCUUCAAUGACUCGGAACCGGAAGAUGAGUGGUUUGGGAAGCGUCUGUGGGUGCUACCCGGAGCAAAAGUUGCAUCUAAAGUAGAUGGUGCCAUUGCUGUUGAAGAUGUCUACAUGGAGAGGCCUAUGGGCUACCACAUUCGCGGCGGUGGGGAAAACUUGAACGAGAAGAUAUGGGCGGAUCCGUCUCGCCGAAAGGAGAUACUAGAGUAUUGCCCGGAGAUAAGCAUGAUUAUGGAUAUGAAACUAGAGCGGGAGAGAUGUCCUGAUGACGAUGGGAAUGGAGCUUCCAUCACCACAGUUGGGAGCCCUUUACGCACUGGCAUAGAUUAG